AUGGAUACAUGUCAAUGCAGAGAUGAUCGGGCACGCCAGUCGGUCUUAAUGUCAUGGGUUUACACAAAAAUGAUCGAAGCUAAAUCCGUCACAGACAACCCAUCCCGUGAAAACAAAAAAGUAGGAUCGGUCUCUUUGCUUCUUUGA